UUGACUGUGGAUUGCUAGCGACAUGGGUGAUCAAGACAGACAGUGCCUUGCAGUAUGGCUACGUCGAGGCAAAUAAAUAACGUUUCGUUGGGCUAUUAGGAUAUUCCGAAUUUACCGGUACAUUGCAGAUAACAAUUUGUGUUUCAGCAUGAUCAGCUUGCUAACACAGGCUAACUAACCGGCUGAAAAGUUAGCAUUAGCUUUUCAUGUUAGACAGCUUUACGUUCUGGGUUUUAACGCCAGCGAACUGAACUGAACAAAUGUAAACGUUUUAAAACUUGGGCACAGACAUUGACAGUCAAUGUUUUGUACCGUCUUUACGUUUGCCAAAUGCAGUUGACUCAUUACAACAUGACAAUUACAGCUAGUCAGCUUAUCCAGUCAAUGUCUUUAACGUUAACUAUUACAGACGGGACUCUGGCUAAGCUGUAACGUUAACUACUACUGCCAACUGGUAAGCAAACUAGUUAUAUCUUUUUUUCAUGACGUUCGUUCAUGAAGUUCGUUUUGGUUGACAUUCCCUUGCAAACCACAUGCUAAUUUUAACUGCGAGUUUCUCUGUGCUUGCAACAAAAUUGAACAGCUGGACUGACCCCGAACGUAAGCGGAAUGGGGACGAAAUUCCAAUGUAGAUUCAAUAAUGAAGCACUUCAGCUGAAUGGGCUGAUGUGUAAGGUUGACACUGACUGAAUUUAAAGUUAUUACUUAGUCCAUUAUGCUUUUGCGGCUGCCAUACUGCGGGGUUAAGAUGGUACAGUUGGAUAGCGUGUAUGAACUUGGGGGAAAUACAGAAGUUAAUCUAGUUUUGUAGAUAUGACUAAAAGCCUUAACAAAUGGUAACCGUGGGCAGAUUUGUUCGACAGAGUUCAUUGUAGACAGAGAAAGCAACGAGUAGUGGCAAACUCACAGACGCACUAUCCAUUGGGUAUCAGCUGACAUCCGCUGGCGGCCAAGGAGACCAAGUCAUGGAUCAGCUCAAAGUCAAAGACCGAAUACUGGAAAAUAUCUCUUUGUCGGUAAAGAAGCUGCAGAGUUACUUUGCCGCUUGCGAAGAUGAAACUCCAGCCAUCCGUAACCACGACCGGGUUUUACAGCGCCUUUGUGAACACCUGGACCAUGCCUUGCUUUAUGGGCUUCAGGACAUCUCCUCAGGUUACUGGGUCCUUGUCCUGCACUUCACACGCAGAGAAGCGGUGCGGCAGAUAGACGAGCUGAAGCACAUAGCGACGAACCUUGGCCGCAGUCGUGCCUGGCUGUACCUGGCUCUCAGCGAGAGUUCAUUAGAAAGCUACCUCCGCCUUUUCCAAGAGAACCAGGCUCUGCUGCAGAAAUAUUACUUCAAAAAUGCAUUGGUCUGCAGCCAUGACCACCUCACCCUUUUUGUCACACUGGUCUCUGGACUGGAGUUUAUCCGGUUUGACCUAGAGCUGGAUGUCCCUUAUCUAGACGUUGCGCCCUACAUGCCUGAGUAUUAUAAACCACAGAAUCUUCUGGACUUUGAGGAGAGGUUACCGAGUUCGGACAGUUUGUCCCUUCACUCCUUCACUUCCCUCACCUCUACCAACCUGGAGUGGGACGACAGUGCCAUCGCUCCGUCCAGUGAAGAUUAUGAUUUCGGUGACAUCUUCCCUGUGUUGCAGUCAAUGCCAAAUGCAGACUGGGAAGAGGGAGACCUGACCGACCCAGUCAGCGCCCCGCGCUCCAGCGCCUCCGACCCGCAAACCGUGGUCUGCGACUCCGGGCUGGUCCGGUCCGCCGGGGCACCGCCGUCCAGAACCACCUCGCUCUCGCGCAGCCCCACCUUCCGGCACAACCCGUUCAACGAGGACUCGGACACCAACACCAACACCUCGGCCGACGUGACACCGGUGCACAGCAGGCACGAGGCCACCACCGGAGACGACACGGAGAGCACCAGUACCGAGCUGGAGGUCAUACGAAUGGCCAGACGAAGGAAGCCAGCCAAGAAGCGACGGGGGAAGGACUCGACGGGCUCCGUGAGCAGCGUCCAGAGCGUGGCCCCCGCCGAGCUGGGGGAGACCGAGGAGGGCCAUGACCUGGGGGCCAGGAGGGAGCAGGAGACGGACCCCCACACCGGAGACGGCUGGAGCGCUUCCGAAGGCCCGGAGCGGCCGGCGUCGGACGCCGCGCGGAGGAGGAAGAGGAAGGAGGACGGCGGCGGGGACGAGGAGGAUCCCGAGGCGCUGCUGAGACUCCCCGAGAUGACGGACACCUCCAUGGACAGCGUGGGCCAGCCGCUGUGCGACGUCAUGGACCGGCUCAACGGCACCCUGGACCGCGAGAGCUGGGAAAGGGCCGGCGAGGAGGACGAGGACGACGAGAGAGGGGCGGGCGAAGGCGCCGGCAGGAAAGGCACCCGAACAUCAGCGGCGGCGCCGCUUCCCCAGCCGCAGCCCUUUCGGGGAGACUCGGGCGGUGAGCCACCUGACCCUGUGGGCCAGCCUGGCCCUCUGGCCCCCAGCCCUGGGUUCCUGCAGGCCCCACCAGCCCCCGCCGACUUCUACUGCUUUACCCCUCACAGUCCGGACACUGCUGCCGCGCGUCGUGGCCGCCAUGACCCUGCAGGGGAUGGCCAGCCACCGGCUCUUCCUGGUGGCCAUGCGGAUGAGGGAGAGGCAGCGGCAGAAGAGCCAGCGCCGCGGCCACAGCAUGCCCACGGCCUCGCCGUAGAGGACGCAGCCGGGGAGGGGGAGGGGGAGGAGGGGGAGGAAGGAGAGGAGGAGGAGGAGGAGAAGGGCCCUGAGGAGGCCCUCGUGCUGGAGAACGGAGCAUCUCCCGACGGGGGGAGCGAGGAGCAGCCCAGUCCCACAGAGAACUCCCAUCCUGCAGAGUUCAGUGUGGACAACAAUCACCUGCUCCUGCUCAUGAUUCAUGUCUUCAGAGAGAACGAGGAGCAGCUCUAUAAGAUGGUGCGGAUGAGCACGGGCCACAUGGAGGGGGACCUGCAGCCCCUCUACCUGCUGCUCACGGACUGCUACAUCUAUCUGCUGCGCAAAGGGGCUGCAGAGAAGCCUUACAUGGUUGAAGAAGCUGUUUCAUACAAUGAGCUGGACUAUGUGUCUGUUGGUUUAGACCAGCAGACAGUUACACUAGUGUGCACUAACAGGAGAAGACAGUUUCUGCUGGAUACGGCAGACUCCUCCUUGACUGUCUGGUUUCUGAACAUUUUGAGGUCGUCCAUGAUAAACGGCUGUCGAGAGCCUCCCUACCCCUCGAUCCUCACGGAUGCCACCAUGGAGAAAUUGGCUCUCACCAAGUUCGUCUGUCAGGAAACCCACUGUGAGGUCUCUGAGGUCAACAUCUGUCUGUACUCCCUGGUGCACUGGGAGGACCCCAUGGAUAUGGGCGUGGCCACUCGGCCGUCUGGCUGCAUCGAGACGGGCAGCACCAAGGAAGGGCCCCUCUUCUACCGGGCCGGAACCACCUACCUGGGCAAGGAGCAGUGGAAGAGUUGCUACCUGGUGCUCAGUAAAGGCAUCCUGUACCAGUACCCUGAGAGGACCGACGUGACCCCUCUCCUAUCCAUCACAAUGGGCGGGGAGCACUGCGGGGGCUGCAGGCGCUCCAACAGCACCGAGCGUCCGCACGCGUUCCAGGUGAUCCUGACGGACCGCGCCCCCCUGGAGCUGAGCGCCGACAACGAGCAGGACAUGGCCGACUGGAUGCAGCUGCUGUGCCAGUCCGUCUCCAAAGGGGUGAUUCCACAAGGUGUGACGCCUUCGCCCUGUAUCCCCUGCUGCCUCGUGGUGACCAAGAGGAAGUUGCUGACGUGCCACCAGGACUGCCAGACGAGUUUCUUCCGCUCGCUGGGCGCUGCCGAGCUGUCUGACGUCACCGCCGUGUGUCUGGAGGACGAUAAGGAGUACUGUGUGAUUGAGUUCUCUGUGGAGCGUGCCCAGUUCCUCCCUCCCUGGGUGCUGUAUUUCAGUGGCUGUGAGGAGAGAGAUCGCCUCCUAGAGGCACUAGAUGUGGCCUGGAAAGACAUCUUCCAGGUGUGUUUGCCACGGAAGACGGUGUCGGAGCCGUCGGUGCAGAAGCGCUGCGGCGAGGCGCUGGCUCUCAUCCACAGCGCGUGGCAGCGCAGCGACAGCCUGGCCCGGGGACGCUUCCAGAGGGAGCCCUGGUGCUGAGCGCUAACCCCCCACCCCCCCCAACACACACCGGGGUCAACCACCAACACCACCCCCUCCUCAGCCCCCUGCCCCAGGCCCAGGGAGCAACAGGCUCUCCCAUGGGCCCGCAGCACUGAUUGACACUCAAGGACUCGCGGCUGCUGUCGGCGUUAGCUUUCCGUGACUUUGUUUACACUUCUUUCGGGCCUUGCACAAAAUAUUCAGGCUUAUGUUCAGCUUAACGUUACCCGCGAGGGACGAGGGGGUCACGAGGCUAGGGGAGAGAGAAUGAGACAUGCACCCGCACCCGCCCUCUGUGCUACUUUCCCUGCGAACAAAUCUCAAAGUCUCGUUUGAACAUUUUAACCACCAUCCUAAUUGCACCUAAGUGUAAAUAUGUACAUUCGACUGAUGAGUCCUGAAGAGCGUAGGGAGUCCAUAUGGUGGAGGGCUUUAAAUGCUAUAUGGUCGCCUUUUACCUUUAUUUGGUCUGCUUGCUAAUAUCGUUACCUCACGUGAUGCCCAUUCUACCCUCGCAAGUACUUACUUGUUGCCAGUGUUUGGUAGUCGAUGAGGUUUGAGCAACGGGAAGGAAACUACUAGGAAGUUUACGGCGUUGUCUGUUACGUUGAGGGCGGUGUACGGUGCGCCACAAUGGUCACGUGAAUUGUGCUGCUUUUUCAAGCAGUUGGAAAAUGAUUUUUUGUCAAGACACACAGGACACACAACAGACGCUCAGACAUUAGGGACGGAGGACACAAUGAGAGAAUAUCCUUGUAUACAACUAAUUGCAAGAUUGCACAUUUCUUUGAACGUUCUCUCCUUUUUUGUAUUUUCUUUUGAACUAACUGGGUGAUGGUGUGUGUGUGUGUGUGUGUGUGUGUGCGUGUGUGCGCUUACGUGUGUGUGUGUGUGUGUGUGUGUGUGUGUAUGUAUGUGCAUGGUUGUGCAAGUGUGUAUGCGUGCGUGUGUGUGAGCGAGCGUGCGUGUGUGUGUUUGUUUGAACGUGGUUUCUGCAUUUAUGUGUGUCUGAACAUAUGUAUGUCUUUGUUGGCUUAUUUUAAACUCUGUCUAGACACAGGAAGGCAGAAUAGGGAGCAAUUGCUGCAUAGACGUGUCACUCAGUUUAUGAUCCUUGCUUUGUUUUCCCUCAAAUAUUCAACAUAUCAGGCUAACAUAUGACUCCCAUCCGCUUAUGUAGUAUUGAGUAGUUAAGGGUAAGGUUUGAUGUUGGAUGUGUGUUUUGUGGGAAGGCUAAGUAAAUCAUGGCACCACAAUCAAUGCCAGUAGGAUUUGGAAUCACGUUAGUAGGCUGCUGAUAGUUUGUGAGCAUUAUGUAUAUGAUAUGGAUCUGUAGUUAUGUAUUAUUAAUAUGUACAAUGUUGAGGUACUCUACGUCGGUCUCCUGCACUGCAUGUUAACUGCACUAUAGCUGAAGCAGAAACAUGUCAAAUUAUGCACACUGUGGCAGAUAUUUGCAAAACCCUCAGUUGAUUGUCAUUUGGCAGUCUGUUAAAUGUAAGCCAUUGUUUUUGGUGUGAUGAGGCAAAGUUAGGACACAGUUUUGCCCUAAAGUUCCACGCACAUUUACGUGAUGAAAAGUAAUUUGGCUUGGGAAAGGCAGAAAUGUGGCCACAGGUCAAGUUAUUAUAGAAUUUGAUGACAAGUGACCCCGGGUGAUCCAGCCAUAACUAGGUGCCUACAUUGAAAUGAAUUCAAUUGCCUGACACUUUUAUCCCAAGUGACUCCCAGUACAGGGAACGCAUAUGUUUUAUCUAUCCUCCCUGACUGCUUUUCGUUUCUUUAACAACACUGCAUGAGCGUAUGAUUUCGUGUCCGCUCUACCUACAAUCAGGAAUGUCCACGUAUGCCGGGCACUACACAGCUCAGGCUGAGACCAGGGCUUCAUACACAGUGGACAGAGUUUUCCAUAAUAAUCUCCCCUUGGCAGUGCAAUAGUGAAGUUGUGUGCACAUUAUUGAGAGUGUUGAGGUACAUUAUUGAGAUAAACUGUGGCAUUCCUUCAAUGUCUAUAGAAGUUGUUUUGGAGCAAAGGAAACUAAGGACUAAGUGUACUAAAAUAGUUUGUUUGUAUUUUACACUUGAUAGCAUGGUGGCCUUCACAUAACAAUUAAAUGUAGAAGCCUACUCCAUGACUGUGUGUGUAUGUGUGUGUGUGUGUGUGUGUGUGUGUGUGUGUGUGUAUGUGAGUGUCUGAAUCAAGGAAUGAGAGCAUGUGGCUAUUUAGCUUAUGAAUGUUGCCUUGUAGCCUGGCUUUCGAGGACUCCUUUGUCAUAUUUUGUGUCCCAUCUAGAGUGCUCUCAGAUAUUUUGCUGAAACGCCAUAUGAUAUAUUGAAUGUGUCUCAAGAGUGUUUCUUCACUUGCUAUUAUUAAGCACUGUGUCGUUUUGACCUGUCUUUUAGACCCCAAGCUUUCUGUGGUGUUGCUUUGAAAACAGACAUUACACCUCAGGUUGGUAAUUCUACGCAUUCACUGGAGACUCUGUGCAAAUCUCCUUCAGAAUGUGUCCAGCUGGUCUUUUGACUUUUCUGUGGACUUUUUAUUUUAAAUUUUUUACUAUUUAUUUUAUUUUUCUAGCCCUUUGCAAAUAUGUUGCCCGAGUGAAUUUGAUUGCACACUGGACAUAGGGUGUGUGUUUUUUUAUUUUUAUUUUUUUUGUCUUUUUGCAGGUAAUUGCAAAGUAAAAAAAGAUAUUCCACAUAAUGAAGAUGGUGUAGACAUGAGAAUCGAAAGAUCUGAAAUCUCAGGACAAUAUUGAGGCGUUUCCCAGUGUACUGCAGUUUGAGUGUUUGCACAUUGCUGGCCAAUGAUGGAUUACAUCUGUUUAAGGAUCAUGGGAUGGAGCAUUUUUACAUUAGUUGUUUUGUUUUUUUGCUGUUAUUAUUUUAUAAUAUUUGUUUAUAUAUACAUAUAUUAUAUAUAUUUAGUUGCCUUUUGCAGGAGCUGUAAUAAUGUGUAAUGAGAGGUGACUGUAUUCUAACACUUGAGCUCAGAUACACUAAAAGCUGCAUGUGCUAAAAUAAUAAUAAAACAAGAUUUUUUUUUUUUUUUAACAUUAUGUUCAUACCUUAAUGAAUGUAUAUAGAAAUCACUUUUGUUUUUGUAAAUAGGACAACAUAUGAAUAAAGACACCAAAAUAUGCUCCCAUGGA